CUUCAUAAGGUCCAUAUAAGAUACCAGAGAUAAUUUCAAUUCAUUUAUAACACAAUGAUUAACUACUGGUUAUGGUGGUGGGAGGUCGACAACGAAAGAGACAACCUUUCCCGGAAUAUUCUCACAGUUUCCGUUCCGAUAAUACUACUUCUAUGGCACAAACUGACGUCAUCCUACAACAGAAACACCACACUUCCCUUGCCACCAGGUCCCUCCGGCUUACCGGUGGUAGGCUACCUCCCCUUUCUCACCUCCAAUUUACACCAAAGAUUCACCGACAUGAGCCACCGUUAUGGCCCCAUAUUCAGCCUGUGGCUCGGAAGAAAGUUCCAUGUAGUGGUGAACUCCGUAGACCUCGCAAAAGUCGUGGCUCGUGAUCUUGACCAGACCUUUGCUAACCGGAGUCCUCCGGUCACCGCCCUAACCAUCACCUACGGUGCACUGGAUAUAGCAUGGUCCAACAACAACACUCACUGGCGUACUAUGCGUAAGCUUUUGGUGAGCCAAGUUUUGAGCAACGCAAAUCUUGAUUCAUGUCAGGUUUUUCGAACAGAAGAAGUGAGAAAGACAGUUAGAAAUGUUUACGCCAAGAUUGGGACGAAGGUUGAUGUUAAUGAAGUUGCUUUCGAUACAGAACUUGAAGUUGUGACAAGCAUGUUAUGGGGUCGGAGUAAGUCCGGUAAAGAGAAUGAUCCCGGUGGUGUCUUACAUGGAUUCCGAGAAGUUGAGUUCAAGAUAAUCGAGCUUCUUGGAGCACCAAAUGUAUCUGAUUUUAUCCCGAUGUUGUCAUGGUUCGAUCUACAGGGAAGGAAGAGAGAAAUGGAGAAGCUAAAGGUUCAUCUUGAUCGGAUUUUUGACACGAUUGUGGAAGCAAGAAUCAAAGCUAAAAUGGAGGGAGAACUUGAGGAAAUUGGAAGGAAAGAUUUUCUGCAAAUCUUGUUGGAGAUUAAAGAUCAAAAAGAUUCUCCAACCUCACUUAACAUGGAUCAAAUAAAGGGCCUUCUAUUUGAUAUCUUGACUGCAGCAACUGACACAACAUCGACCAUGGUGGAAUGGGUGAUGACUGAAAUUUUGCAUAAUCCAGGGGUAAAGACAAAGAUUCAAGAAGAGUUAACAGAGGUUUUCGGCAUGAACAUUGUCGAAGAACAUCUUCUUCCAAAACUAUCAUAUUUAGAUGCAGUCGUGAAGGAGACAAUGAGGGUACACCCACCGCUUCCUCUCCUAAUCCAAAGAAGCCCAGAUGAAACUUGCAAUGUGGGUGGGUACCUUAUUCCAAAAGGUAGUAUCGUCUAUAUUAAUGUUUGGGCGAUUCAUCAUGACCCUAAGAACUGGGUGAAUCCAUUUGAGUUUAAACCUGAGAGAUUCUUGAAGGGAAAAUGGGAUUACAAUGGAAACAAUUUGAAGUUUUUACCAUUUGGAUCAGGGAGAAGAAUAUGCCCGGGAAUUCCGUUGGGGGAGAAGAUGUUGAUGUAUAUUUUGGCAUCGUUAUUGCAUUCAUUUGAGUGGAAGUUGCCGGAAGACGAUGAAGAGUUUGAUCUUUCUGAUGAGUUUGGAUUUGUGACGAAGAAAAGGAAACCCCUUGUUGCUAUACCCUCUCAAAGGCUAUCGGAUGAAAGCCUCUACUUAUGAUAUAAUAUAUUUGUAAAUAAAUAAGAUAUUCUAAGUGGACUUAAUUAAGAUCUUAACUCUUAAAAA